AAGAUGACGCUGGGACCACAGGAGAUCGUGCGCUCGGAGAUGGAGGGUGGACUAUCCGGACCGGCGAAUUCCUUGACGGACGAAUCGAUAGAUUGCGGCUGCGGAAGCUACAGGCUGCCGCGUUUGGCAAAGUUCGCGACACGACGGAUUUUCCUCGCACUCCUCUGCUCCAUCGGCCUCCUCCAAGCCGGCGCGCAGACUUACUUCCACGUCACCAGUUCCACCAUUGCCAGGAAGUUCGGCUUCGGCGCCGACCUAAUGGAAUGGAUCAUGCGCAUAUCCGACUUUGCGCCGGCCAUUCUUGGUACGGUCAUCGCUUACUGGGCCGACAGAUUUCAUCGAGCAUCUUGGCUCGGUGCUCUCACGCUUAUUCAGUGCGCCUCCUUUUUCCUGCUUAUCGUUCCUCAAUGCGUGAACGACGAUAGCAUACCGCCGGAAAAUAUGACGCACGCAUCUAUUUAUACGGGAGAAAGCUCGGACCUUUGUAUGGAAAUGUCCUCGAGACUAAUCGCCGCGGAGGAACCGCCGUAUUAUUCGACUCUCUUUAUUCUUAUCAUCGUGCAGACCAUUAUGGGAAUGGCCAAUGUCGCCUUCUACGCUCUCGGCAUCUCCUACCUCGACGAUAAUACAAAGACAUCCAACGCGUCUCUUUACAUUGGCGUCGUCUUGGCUACGAAGUUUCUCGGACGAGUGUUGGGUUAUAUGCUCGGCUGGGGCUUCUUACGAAUAGACGCUGACAAUUUUCACCCCAUAGAGUCAUCCUAUAAGAAUCAGAUUGGCGCAUGGUGGCUCGGAUGGCCGAUACACUCGAUUUUAUUGGCUGUACCCGGUGCGUUGAUGUCCAUCUUCCCGAGGAAGUUACCGUCCGAGAUGGUAGAGCAAGCAGCAGCGACAAUUCUCGAUCAGUCAGGCACGUUAAGAGGAUCCCAAAGGAACGAGCUGAAAAAAGUUGGCAGCACGCAAUAUCUCCCGUCGCUAUCCAGACUUUUAAUUAAUAAAAUACUCGUUUUCAAUGCGUUUGCUGCGGCGUUUUGCGUAACCGCUCUCUCCAACUUCACUGCUAAUGAGAAUAUUUUUCUCGAGUCGAGAUUUUAUGCACCUCGGCCUACCGAAAUCCUACUGGGAUUUGGAGAUCCUUUAGUAUCGAGAACAAUCGCAACGAUUAUAAAACCAAUAUUAAUUGGAAUUGCCGUAAUUGCUGCUGGUUCAGUUAUUGCACGAAUUAAGCCCAAAACAAGGACGCUUGUUAUCUAUAGUUUUACAGUCUGGCUUACGUCGGCCUUAAUAAUAUUCUGCCUCGCUUUUGUUAAUUGUAAUAAAGCGCCUAUCGUCGGCACUCAUAAAGGAUCCCUUCAACUUAUUCAAUACUGUAAUAAAGAUUGCCAAUGCUCUCGAGACGCGGAUUUUCGACCCAUUUGUGACAGUGGUGAAAGUUUCAUCUUCUACACGGCUUGUCACGCUGGAUGUUCGUCCGUUAAAUACAUAGAUAAUAGAAAAAUAUACACUAACUGUUCUUGUAUUGAAAAUGACGCUGAAGCGAUUGACGGCCCAUGUGGUUCAAGUAAUUGUCAAACUGGAUGGAUAAUCUAUGAGAUAUUAACAAUAUUGAUAUACACUGCACUAGCUUCGACUGUAAUGGGCGAUGUAUUAAUUACCUUAAGAAGCGUUAAUUCGCAAGACAAGGCACUUGCGAUAGGAUAUAUUAUGUCGUUAGUGGGAUUCUUUGCCUACGUUAUUGGCAAAUUAUCCUACGAUGAAUUUAUAAAAUCUACGUGUUACCAUUGGGGACACACAGAUCGCCAAUGCCAUUUGCAUCAUCCAACAAGCCUAGGGAAUUAUUUAUGCUUCGCGACAUCCGGGCUCAUCGCUCUCGGAGCUUGUUUGAAAAUUGGAGUCUGCUUUUUUUCCCAAGAUCUUGAUAUUUACAACUUUGUCACAACCGAAUCUCAACAAUUAACAGAAUUGAAAGAUAUGUCUAAAAUUCAAGCCGAGCCACUAUUACAAUCUCAAUCCUCCGGCUACACAGCCAACGGCACACGAAAUAAUCAAAGCACGGGUAAGGCCGUAGAGAGCGCAGAUGAACCUACAGUCGUACUAGAAAGUACAAAUAAGGGGAACGAUCGACCGACUACGGAUUUAUCCAUCAAGGAAGGCGAGCCGAAAUCAAGAUUGAAAUACGGCCCGGUUGGCCCAGGUGACAGAAGGGUCGCGAAGAACCAGUCCAAUGCUAGUAUAUCAAAUAUAGGUACGGAUGACGAGUUGGACAGUUCCGAUAGCAGUCAAGUUCCAAGAAAAAGUUCCCUCUCCCAAGUUUCGUACAAGCCACUCGAAAUAGAUUCGGACGUUGAAAGUGACUUGAGUGGAACAGCGCCAAGAUCUAGAAAAUGUAUUCCCAGUGCAGAAUUCGACGAACCAAGUAAAGGUUUGCAAGAAAAUCGUCUAUCGCCAAAGAAAUAUCAAUUCCUGAAUCCGGAUAAUUACGAAGCCUCGAUUAAGUCGAAAAAUUCCCGAAAUCCCGGCGCUGUGGAGGCAGCAGGCAAGCCAACGCCUAGUAGCAGCCUGGAAUGCAUUGAUAAGCCAACAAACGAUACUCUCCUAUCGACUUCAAGAGGAGACUUUAUUCCUGUGAUGGAAUCAUACGAGGCUACCAUGAAAGGUUCGACCAAUUCCCUGCGAUCGCCGACAAUCGUCAUGUCGAUGUAUUAUCUGAAUAAGCAUCCUGAUAAUCAGUUGUUGGACCAAACCGAAUUUCUCCGUAAUUCAAAUAAGAAAAAUCAUAAUGAGGAAACGGAAGAAAAUCGGAGUUUUCGCUUGGAAAAGCUGAUGCAACCUAUCGAUUACCCGGGCCCCUCCACUCGACCACCAUCGCGUGAUCGAGGCUCGUCAGGUUUUGGGAGUUUACAGGACAUAGGCGAUAAAGCAAAAUUGCAGGGUGAUGUUUCCGAUUCAAAAGACAGUUUAAGCUCGAAAUCAUCGGCAUCUGGACCUCCUAAAAAAGGCAGCCCACUUUGUACAGAUUUGUGAAAGAAUUUUUAUAAAAUUUCAUCACAACUUUUCAUAAUGAUUAUAUGCUUUUUUACACCUCGAGCAGUUUCACGCUCGACAUUAAUAUUUCUUCUUAUACGUCGAUUAUAUAACAUUGCUAC